UAUUUAGUUUUGGGCUUUUGAGGCCUAAGCCCAUCCUGUACAUAGCCCUCGAUCAGGGCCACACCCUGUCUGUGACUCACUCUCUUCGAACAAGGUUCGAAAUUCCCGUCCAAUUAUCUUGAAAUUUACUCAGUAAUUUUGAAGAAGAAAAGCAAUGGCUCUCAAAGCCGUCCAUCAAGUCCCUGACAAUAAUGCCGCAUUUUCCCUCUCCUCCACCCAGUUCCUCAAAGGUGUUAAUGAUGACGAUGGUGAUCAAGUCAAAUGUGGCUAUGAAUUCUCCCCGAAUUUUAUGGUGAUGGGACACAGGGGCUUCGGAAUGAACAUGCUGCAAUCCUCGGACCCAAGAAUGAAAUCCUUUAAAGAGAACUCGAUUCUCUCCUUCAAUUCCGCCGCUAAAUUGCCGAUCGAUUUCCUCGAAUUCGACGUUCAGGUUUCUAAAGAUGGUUGUCCAGUCAUUUUCCAUGACGGCUUCAUCCUCACUGAAGACAAGGGUGCCAUUGUUGAGAAAAGAGUUGUAGAUCUCACUCAAGCUGAAUUUCUUUCUUAUGGACCCCAGAAACAACCUGGAAGUGUGGGGAAGCCUCUCUUUAGAAGAACAAAAGAUGGGAAGAUCUUUGAGUGGAAGGUUGAAAAUGAUGACCCUUUAUGCACGUUGCAAGAGGCCUUCGAGAAAGUUGAACAUUCUAUCGGUUUCAAUAUUGAAUUGAAGCUUGAUGAUCAGGUGGUAUAUACGGAGGAAGAACUCACUCGUGUUCUUCAAGCAAUCUUGCAAGUGGUAAACGAGUAUGCCAAGUACAGGCCUAUCAUCUUUUCCAGCUUUCAACCUGAUGCUGCCCUGUUGAUCAGGAAAUUGCAGACCACCUACCCUGUGUUCUUCCUCACAAAUGGCGAAUCCGAGAUUUACAUCGACAUAAGAAGGAAUUCAUUGGACGAGGCCAUCAAGGUGUGCUUGACGGGUGGGUUGCAAGGAAUUGUAUCUGAAGUCAGAGCCAUCUUUAGAAAUUCAGGAGCAGUGACUAGAAUCAAAGAGUCCAAGCUUUCCCUUGUAACUUACGGCCAAUUGAAUAACGUGGCGGAGGUGGUUUACAUGGAACACCUUAUGGGUGUUGACGGAGUGAUUGUUGACCUGGUUGAAGAAAUCACAGAGGCAAUCUCAGGUUGGAUCAAGCCGGCGGAGGACGGUGAACAAGAUAGCUUUCUUGGAGAGGAAGUGCAGAUGCAGGCUAAAACAAGCCCUGGAUUUUUGCAGCAACAACUCUCUUCGCUCCUGGAACUUCCACCCGAGUUGUUAUAUGCUUGAUAGCAAUAAUACACGUACCAUGUGGUGUCGUGAGACCCCCCAAAGCAUGAAACUUUCUUCAACUUUGUUGUUCCCCACCCCUCCCUCAACUCAAAAUUCUGUAUAUAUAGACUAGAGUUAUGAGUUAUCCUUUCUCAUACAUCAUUUUGCAUAUAUGAUUUUCGAGUAA